AUCAUCUAAUGGAUCAAACUGUCGAACAAGCUUUUUAAUUAAAUUUUCACCUUGUGAACCGUAUUCUUCCUUGGGAUCAAUUCUUUUUCCAUCAAAAUUUUGCACUUUAUUUUUUAAUUCAGUCUGUGAACUGCUAUUUGUAAAAAUGAUAUUGAUAGAAAAAUUGAGCAUUUCUUUGUCUCUUCUAGGCAAAUCCUAUUAUUGAACAAGUUCAGAAUCGCGCGGAAAAAUUGGGAACAGUGAUUAAUCGAGCUGGUCAACGGGUUGUAAAUGAAGCAUCAACAGUCAAAAAUAAUUUAGCAUCAUUAGAUAUAAAUGACGUUAUGAGACGAAAUGAACAAAAAGGGAUUAAUUCCUUAAGUAAUGGAAAAUCUGAUUUACAACAACAACAUUUGAGUAUUCCAAAACCAUUACAAUCUAGUACACCUGAUCUUCUAGAUGAGAAAUCAAUUCCGUAUGAAAGAUUUGGUUCAACAGGCAAUGUUAAUUUUGGCGCGACUUAUACGUCUAUGCAUGAGCCACCCUCUUCAACGUCGGAUUCUUCAGGAGCAUCUUCACCAGACUUAAAAAGAAAACAAGAAAAUCUGAUUACAAUUGAUACUCAACCACAUACUUUAGCGGCGAAUACUACCACCACAGCUUUUAAUUCAUUACUACCGUCACCGGUAGAAUUGAACGUAAUUAAUGUGACAAACAAUCGCUCUCUACACCAACAAACUGCUCGUCCUGUCGUUCAUAGCAGUAUAAAACAAUUACAGACUGAAUUAAAAAAUAAAGUGCAAAAUUUUGAUGGAAAAAGAAUUGAUCCCAAGGAAGAAUACGGUUCACAAGGUGAAAAUUUAAUUAAAAAGCUUGUUCGACAGUUUGAUCCAUUAGAUGAU